CGUUUGUUUACAAGUCCACGCUCACGAGGAAAACCCAGGGGGCUUGCUGGAAGUCAUUGCUGAAAACCAUACAAUUAAUGGAUAGAAUCUAAAUCAGACUUCUUGCCAUGACUUCCACCAAUGCAGUGGAAGUUGUUGGUCAUUUGAAAGAGCAUCAUUUUCAGACUGCGAAGGGAAUUGCAGAGGGAUUAAAACAGAAGUUUCCAUCAUCGUUUGCAGACCCCAUAGUUCGCCCUCUGGUAGAAUGCGAUUGGCACACAUAUCUAAGCAACAAAAGGAAGGAGCUACGAGGAGAGGUAUGGAAUUUCAACGCCUCGGUGGUGGUUUACCUGAACGGCCGGUUAAUUGGAGAUGAAAAGCAGUUAGCUAGGUGGGCGCACGAGGAGUGGGGGUUCGCCCUUCACCGGCCUCACGCGCUCAACCUGGCUCUUGCCGAGGACUACUACAGAAACCACCUGCGUGACACUGGGCACAUGUUUGCAUACUUGGAUGUAGAAGUCAGAGGAAAGCUCCAUGGGCGGCUACUGUUUGAGCUGUUCAGUGACAUCUGUCCGAAAACGUGUGAAAACUUCCGAGCUCUGUGCACAGGAGAGAAGGGCAUAUCUGAAAGUGAUGUCAUGCUCUCUUAUAAAUGUUCCAUAUUUCAUAGAGUCGUACCUAAUGGAUGGGUACAGGGAGGAGAUCUCAAUACUGCUGCAAAGGGGAACGGUGGCGAGUCCAUUUAUGGCCCAACAUUUGAAGAUGAGAGCUUCGCUGUGUCACACACCAAGAGGGGCAUUCUGGGAAUGGCCAACCAGGGUCCCCAUAGCAACGGCUCUCAGUUUUACAUCACUCUGCAGCCGGCACUGUGGAUGGAUCGGAAAUAUGUGGCCUUUGGGCAACUAAUUGAGGGCACAGAAGUGCUCCAACAACUGGAGAAUGUGCCCACCCAGAACGAGAGACCCACACUGUACUGUAGAGUAGUGGGAUGCGGAGAGCUCCAGCUGUGACUUCAGAAGUGUGUGCACCCACACUUUGUGCUCAGCCUCAAAAUGCAGAACAUCCUGAGCCAUGUUUGUUUUUACAGUUUCGUGUGUGUGUGUGUGUGUGUGUGUGUGUGUGUGUGUGUGUGUGUGUGUGUGUGUGUGUGUGUGUGUGUGUGUGUGUGUGUGUGUGUGUGUGUGUGUGUAAUAUUUGAGGGAUGUGGGGAAGGGCUGGCCUAGAGACUUCAUUUUAAAAGGCCAUUGCUUGGAUUUGAAAUCAGUCAUAAGUAAAUGUGGAAAAACAUGCGAAAAACACAAAUAAAUUAAUUUCACAAUCUA